GAGCUGCGCGCCGAUUGGCCGGCGAGCCGCAAAGGCACCUCGCGCUUCCCCAUCCCUUUUGGUUUUGAUGCGACACACUUCUCUCUCUCUCCUCUUUUAUUUCAGUUUGCAACAACGCUAACGCUGGCUAAAUCACAGCCUCGAAGGCCUCUUUAAUACCGCGUCUGCAUUUAUCCAGCCUAAAAACCAGACGCGAUGACGGAGGCGGAGGAGAUAAAAGAGAAGCAACAACCACCCGCAUCCAGCAACGGAUUUCCGAUGGAGGCCUCCUGCAGUGAAGACGCGUUCGAUCACACGUACCAGGAGAAGCAAGGCCCCAAGCCGCCCAGGAUCGUCGUGUGGAGGAACGUUAUCCUCAUGACCCUGUUGCAUAUAGGCGCCAUGUACGGCGUCCUCCUCAUCCGCACCGCCGCGCUCGCUACGCUGCUCUGGUCCGUGCUUUGCUUUUUGAUAAGUGCUUUAGGAGUAACGGCAGGCGCUCACCGCCUAUGGAGUCACAGGUCCUACAAGGCCACUCUACCUUUAAGGAUUUUUCUGGCUGUAGCCAACUCCAUGUCCUUCCAGAAUGAUAUUUACGAGUGGGCCCGCGACCACAGAGUCCACCACAAGUACUCUGAGACGGACGCUGACCCGCACAACGCCGUGCGCGGCUUCUUUUUCGCCCACAUCGGCUGGCUGCUGGUGCGCAAACACCCUGACGUCAUCGAAAAGGGACGCAAGCUAGAGCUUCAUGACCUGCUGGCUGACAAGGUGGUCAUGUUUCAGAGGAAGCACUACAAGCUGUCGGUGCUGCUCAUGUGCUUCUUCGUGCCCAUGUUCGUGCCUUGGUACUUCUGGGGCGAGUCCCUGUGGGUGGCCUACUUUGUGCCAGCGCUUCUGCGCUACACACUGGUGCUCAACGCCACCUGGCUGGUCAACAGUGCCGCUCACAUGUGGGGCAACCGGCCGUACGACCAGAGCAUCAACCCUCGCGAGAACAAGUUUGUCACAUUCAGCGCUAUAGGUGAAGGAUUCCACAACUACCACCACACAUUCCCAUUUGACUACGCUACAAGCGAGUUCGGCUGCAAGUUAAACCUGACCACCUGCUUCAUCGACUUCAUGUGCUUCCUGGGGCUCGCCAAGGACCGCAAGCGAGUAUCUCACGAGAUGGUGCUAGCGCGAGCACAGCGCACAGGAGACGGCAGCUACCGCAGUGGCUAGUGGUAAAAGAAAAAGAACACCCAGACCUCGCCGAGCUUGAAACGGAAAAUAAAAACCUCCACGAGUCCUUUUUUUGACGGCGUUUCAUCUUUUCAUCCACAAAAUGGAGGCUAUAACGGCUUCACGGUGGGCCUCAACCACAUUUUUGCUUGUUUUUGUGGUUUUCGUAGCUGUAACUAAAAUUUGUGAAGCUGAUCAAAAAGAACAAAAUACACGAUUUAGCUAAGCUCUCAGCCUUUUAACACGCAGUCAGGCUUCGGUCUACGGUAAAAGUGUGUUGGAUUCGAUGUGAAUUCAUUUGGAAAAAAGUCAAUCUUUGCUGUGUGUAGUCAAAGGUUGCUCAUGUAGCCAAUUUGGUUUAUAUUUUCUUACGCAGUUAAUAAUCCUGUAAAAAAGUCAUUUGGUUAAAACAACCCAAACAUUUGAGCUGACUGGUUGGUCUCAUGACGACAACCAAAGCAAACGUUAUGAAAUUUAAAGAUCAAGCCGUUUAUCUAGUGCCAUUUUUUUUUAGUGCGCUUUGUGGACGUUUUGGAUAUUCUCGUGGCGUACGUGGCUUCGCUUCCUCUCUCGCGACGUUUUUAUGCAACAUCUCUUCACCGGUCGAUGUAGCAGCCGGGUCAUAUGACCAUCUGGCCAUUCAUGCAUGAUGAGGAUGAUGAUACACUACGUGUUGUCUGUGAGCGGCGUAAACCUCAACCCCCUUUCGAGCGUCGGGUUUUACAGAAUGCUUCUAUGAUCUUAUUUAUGUAUUUAUUAUUGCGUUCUUUUUGGUACCGGUUAAGCGUUGCUCUGAUCAGAACCGUUAGCCUUGGAAAACUCUUUUGUAAAUUGUAUCUGGAAUUGGAGCGCCUGUUUAUUUUGUCCCCCUCUACCAUCUUCUAGAGUCAGGAAACUACCAAAUGCCUUAUGACUUGCAUCCAUUCCUGAUCGUCAAACCCGUUCUGUCCCGACAACUAUCGGAUUAGAUCAAUUGAAACUAAAGUCCAUGUUUACAGAAGCAUAGUUGGUGUUGCAAUUAAAGGUAGCACUUAACACUGGAGAAAAAAAUGUCUUCUACCAAAUGCUCACAUACGAAAUUGUCCCCGACCCCAAUGUCUUUCUUCCAACGAAUGUGCCAAUUUAUUAACGAUGCCACACGCCGUUCAAGCCGCCCCACCCCCGAAAUUAAUGAUGUUGCUCCUAUAGUGACGAGAAGGAUUUCAAAAAGGUUGGAAGUUUUGAAUUGUUUUGUCAACUGCUCAGUUCAGAAAUAAAAGUUCACAAUAUUUUCAA